CAAAAAAGCAGCUCAAUAGAAAAUUAAACCCCAUCAAAAAAGCAUGCAUAUACACCAAAGAUUCAACAAUACAUAUACACACACUCAUUGCCCCAUGCAAUUUCACACUCUCGUUCGCCCCCAAAUCCAGUAUCUUCUUCGCCGCACAGACGAUGUCGGAAAUUGUCGUCGCAGAACACACAGACGGCGACCGAAAUCGAGCAAGCACCAGCGGCGGCGGCGGCGGAGGCAGAAGAUCGGCUUAUACGACGACCGACCAGCGGCCGUUCACGAGAUCGAUCACUUUAGGGCGGGAGCAUGUGCCGGAGCCAUUUGAUAGUGAGAAAUUGCCGGUAACUUUGGUUUCUGAGAUUCAGAGGUUUCUUCGUGUGGCCAAUCAGAUUGAGAUUGAUGAGCCCCGCGUUGCUUAUCUUUGCCGUUUUCAUGCCUUUGAAGUAGCACAUAACUUGGACCGAAAUUCAAGUGGUCGUGGGGUUCGACAGUUCAAAACUUCUCUUCUUCAGAGGCUUGAACAGGAUGAAGAAGUUACAAUUAGAAAAAGGAAGGAGAAGAGCGAUUUACGUGAGCUACGACGUGUGUAUCGGGAGUACAAAGACUACAUCAUCAAACACGGUGGAGAAUAUACUUUGGAAACUAGGGAAAAGCUGAUCAAAGCACGUGCCAUUGCAUCUGUUUUAUAUGAAGUAUUACAUACUGUUACUUCUGCAGCAGGUCCCCAGGCCCUUGCUGACACUGACCAUGCAAGAUCCGAAUUCUUUGUGCCUUAUAACAUUCUCCCUCUCGAUCAAGGAGGUGUUCAUCAAGCCAUAAUGCAACUUCCCGAGAUCAAAUAUGCAAUUGUUAUUGUCGGAAACGUUCGAGGUUUGCCUUUCUCUGAGGAAUUUAAAAGGCGUGUUCCAUAUAUGGAUUUGCUUGAUUGGCUUCAGCUUUGCUUCGGAUUUCAGAAAGGAAAUGUUACCAACCAGAGGGAGCAUUUAAUCCUUUUACUUGCCAAUUCGCAUAUCAGACAGACUCAUAAACAAGCAUCAAAGUUAGCGGAUGGAAAUGUGGAUGAACUGAUGAAGAAAUUCUUCAAAAACUAUACAGAGUGGUGCAAGUUUCUCGACAGAAAAAGCAAUAUCCGGUUGCCGUAUUUAAAACAAGAAGCUCUACAAUAUAAGGUUCUGUAUAUAGCACUAUAUUUAUUAAUAUGGGGAGAAGCGGCAAACUUAAGGUUUAUGCCAGAAUGUCUCUGUUAUAUAUUCCACCAUAUGGCAAGCGAAUUGCAUGGCAUGUUGAGUGGUGCAGUCAGUUUGAUAACUGGAGAAAUAGUCAUGCCGGCAUAUGGAGGAGGAUUUGAGGCUUUCCUAAGCAAAGUUAUUUCUCCGAUAUACGAGGUUAUACGUGAGGAAGCUAUGAAAAACAAAAAUGGAACAACGGAUCAUUCAACAUGGAGGAAUUAUGACGAUUUAAACGAGUUUUUCUGGUCUCCAGAUUGCUUCCAAAUAGGUUGGCCCAUGCGUCUGGAUCAUGAUUUCUUUUGCGUACACCCUCCAGAUGAUUCCAAAAAGAAGAAAUCUCAAAGAAAAGUGAAAACUCAAGAAGAAGAGGAGACAAUUAAUAACAAUGAAGAUGAAGAAAUGGGAGGUCAGCCUCAAGCCACUGUAGAUGAACCGCCAGAACAGAAGUGGUUAGGGAAGACAAAUUUUGCAGAGAUCCGUUCGUUUUGGCAGAUUUUCAGAAGCUUUGAUAGAAUGUGGAGUUUCCUUAUUUUAUCCCUUCAGGCGAUGAUAAUUAUGGCGUGCCAUGAGGUGGAAUCUCCUUUGCAAGUGUUUGAUGCAUCGGUAGUUGAGGAUGUUAUGAGCAUCUUCAUCACAUCAGCAGUUCUUAAACUUAUCCAAGCGAUUCUUGACGUUGUGUUCACGUGGAAAGCUAGAUGUACAAUGAACUCGAAUCGGCAUAGGAAAGAUGUGUUGAAGAUAAUGUGGGCUAUGAUAUGGACAAUUGUUCUUCCGAUAUAUUAUUCUAGUUCUAGAAAAAAAUAUACCUGUUAUUCUUCACAAGAUGGGAGCUGGCUUGGAGAGUGGUGCUAUUCUUCGUACAUGGUAGCAGUUUCGUGUUACUUGAUUAGUAAUGCAGUCAAUAUGGUCCUCUUUCUUGUGCCCUCAGUUGGAAAAUAUAUUGAGACAUCCAACAGUCGGAUUUGUGCAGUCUUGUCUUGGUGGGGACAGCCUAAAUUAUACGUGGGAAGAGGAAUGCAAGAGAGCCAAGUAUCUCUCCUCAAGUACACGUUAUUCUGGGUGCUCUUAUUACUGAGCAAAUUAUCAUUCAGUUAUACAUUUGAGAUAAAACCACUUAUAGCGCCAACAAGACAUAUCAUGACGAUUGGGGUUAAAAACUACGACUGGCAUGAGCUUUUCCCUAAAGUCAAGAGUAAUGCUGGAGCCAUUGCAGCUAUUUGGUCUCCUAUUAUCCUUGUAUAUUUCAUGGAUGCACAAAUAUGGUAUUCUGUUUACUGCUCUGUAUUUGGUGGAGUUUACGGGAUUCUGCACCAUCUUGGUGAAAUUCGCACUCAGGGAAUGUUGCGAAGUAAAUUCGACACUUUGCCCUCAGUAUUUAAUGAUUGCCUUUUGCCACCUGAAACAAAAGAUAACAAAGGACUCAUGUGGCUUUGCACCCCCGGGUUUCUAAAGGGUUUAGAGAACAAAAAAGGUGGAGUAUUGAAGUUUGCCAUUGUAUGGAACCAAAUUAUAAGUAGCUUUCGUGAUGAGGACCUCAUAAGCAACAGGGAAAUGCAUUUGAUGAAAAUACCUGUCUCAUCUGAAUUACUUUCUAAUCAAGUCCGCUGGCCCGUGUUUCUGUUAGCAAAUAAGUUAUCAACAGCUCUUAGCAUUGCUAGAGAUUUUGUUGGAAAACAUGAGAGUUUAUUGAAAAGGAUAAAAAAGGAUAAGUACAUGUACAUGGCUGUAACUGAAUGUUACGAAUCACUGAAGUACAUCUUGGAUAUCCUCGUGGUGGGUGACAUCGAGAGAAGGAUUAUAGCUGGUAUAGUCGAUGAAAUUGAGGAAAGCAUUAAAAAUUCAUCACUCCUCAAGGACCUGAAGAUGAGCGAAUUACCAGCUUUACAUGCUAAAUGCACUGAGUUGAUCGAGCUUCUGGUCGAGGGUAAUGAAGAUCAUCAUUAUGAAGUUGUGAAGAAGCUUCAAGACAUAUUUGAGCUUGUAACAACUGAUUUGCUCGUAAAUGGAUCCAGAACAAUGGAUUUGCUCAACGUUGACCAACAACUAGAGGGAGACACUGCCGAUUUCUUCAGAUCUUUGGAGCCGGAGUUAUUUGCUUCAAUGCAUUCCAUUCAUUUCCCAUUACCAGAUUCUGGUCCGUUGAUAGAGAAGGUUAAGCGUUUCCAUUUGCUACUCACUGUGAAAGAUAAAGCAAUGUAUAUACCCUCAAACCUGGAAGCUCGAAGACGGAUUUCAUUUUUCGCUACUUCCCUCUUUAUGGAUAUGCCUAAAGCUCCAAAAGUGCGAAAUAUGUUGUCAUUCAGUGUCUUGACUCCACACUACAUGGAAGAAGUCAAGUUCUCGAAAAAGGAGCUUCACUCAAGCAAAGAAGGGGUUUCCAUUAGCUUCUAUAUGCAAAAGAUAUUUCCAGACGAGUGGGAAAAUUUUCUGGAGCGCAUGGGAAGUGAAAAGGUAGACGAGUUUGAAGAUGAAGUCAAUGAGGAAGAUGUAAGAGAUUGGGCUUCUUUUCGAGGGCAAACUCUAAGCAGAACCAUCAGAGGAAUGAUGUAUUACAGGAAAGCUCUAAAGUUACAAGCUUUUCUUGACAUGGCUGAAGAUGAUGAUAUUCUUCAAAAUUAUGAGGCCAUUGAAAGGGCAGACGAUACAUUAUCAGCGCAACUCGAUGCCUUAGUAGACAUGAAAUUCACUCACGUUGUUUCAUGUCAAAUAUAUGGAUUGCAAAAAUCGACUGGAGACCCUCAGGCUCAAGACAUACUUGACUUGAUGAAAAGGUAUCCCUGUUUGCGUGUUGCUUAUGUCGAGGAGAGAGAAGAGAUUGAGGCGGGUAGGCCUGUUUAUUCUUCUAUCCUACUCAAAGCUGUUAAUGGUUUUGACCAGGAGAUCUAUCGAAUAAAGCUGCCGGGACCACCAGGUAUUGGCGAAGGAAAACCUGAAAAUCAAAACCAUGCAAUAAUUUUCACACGUGGUGAAGCUCUUCAAACAAUUGAUAUGAACCAAGAUAAUUAUCUUGAAGAAGCUCUUAAGAUGAGAAAUUUAUUGCAAGAAUUUUUACGAGUUCGAAGGAGGAGCCCUCCUACUAUUCUUGGCAUGAGAGAACACAUAUUCACAGGAAGUGUUUCUUCUUUGGCGUGGUUCAUGUCGUAUCAAGAGACGAGCUUUGUGACAAUUGGACAAAGACUUUUAGCAAAUCCUCUAAAGGUUAGAUUCCAUUAUGGACAUCCAGAUUUGUUCGACAGGAUAUUCCACUUAACAAGAGGUGGCAUAAGCAAGGCAUCAAAGACCAUAAAUUUAAGUGAAGAUGUAUAUGCAGGAUUCAAUACCACACUGCGGAGGGGAUUUGUUACGUAUCAUGAGUACAUGCAAGUUGGCAAAGGCCGUGAUGUUGGACUUAACCAAAUUUCCAAAUUUGAAGCCAAAGUGGCAAAUGGGAACAGUGAGCAAACUCUUAGCCGUGAUAUAUACCGCCUUGGCCGUCGAUUUGACUUCUUUCGAAUGCUUUCCUUUUAUUUCACAACCGUUGGCUUUUAUUUUAACAGCCUGAUAUCCGUGAUUGGAGUGUAUGUAUUCCUCUACGGGCAGCUGUAUCUGGUCCUUAGUGGUCUUCAGAAAGCACUACUUCUUGAGGCCAAAGUCAAAAACAUAAAAUCUCUUGAAACGGCAUUAGCUUCUCAAUCAUUUAUACAGCUUGGGCUCUUAACGGGUUUGCCGAUGGUUAUAGAGAUUGGACUCGAACGAGGAUUUUUAAAUGCCCUCAAAGAUUUCGUUCUCAUGCAACUUCAAUUAGCUGCCGUUUUCUUCACAUUCUCUUACGGCACAAAAUCCCAUUACUACGGGCGAACAAUUCUUCACGGUGGUGCCAAAUACAGGCCUACGGGCCGAAAGGUGGUGGUCUUCCAUUCCAGCUUUACCGAAAGCUAUAGAUUGUAUUCACGCAGUCACUUUGUGAAAGGAUUUGAGCUUCUUCUUCUGCUAAUCGUCUAUGACUUGUUUAGACGUUCGUACCAAAGCAGUGUGGCUUAUGUGUUGAUAACGUACGCGAUAUGGUUCAUGUCGCUGACGUGGCUUUUUGCGCCGUUUUUAUUUAAUCCUUCCGGAUUUGAUUGGGGCAAGAUAGUGGAUGAUUGGAAAGAUUGGAACAAAUGGAUUAAACAGCAGGGCGGGAUCGGAAUUCAACAAGAUAAAAGCUGGCAAUCUUGGUGGAUCGAGGAGCAAGCUCAUCUCCUUCACUCUGGAAUCACUUCGCGAAUAAUAGAGUUACUUCUUUCGCUGAGAUUCUUUCUUUACCAAUAUGGUUUGGUCUACCACCUUGAUAUAUCUGGACACAACAAAAACUUUGUCGUCUAUGUUCUCUCGUGGAUCGUUAUAGUUGUCAUUUUCCUCAUACUCAAGACAGUGAAUGUGGGGAAGCAAUAUCUAAGCGCUAAUCAUCACUUGGCGUUUCGACUAUUCAAAGCGUUUCUUUUCUUGGGCGUAUUGGCUACGAUAGUAACUCUCUCACUCAUUUGUCAUCUAUCUUUGAGGGAUCUGAUUGUUUGUUGCCUGGCUUUUCUUCCUACCGGUUGGGGCUUGAUAUUGGUUGGACAAACCUUUAGACCAAAGAUUGAAGGAACUGGAUUUUGGCACUUCACUAGGGUCUUUGCACGGGCGUACGAUUAUGGAAUGGGGGUUGUUCUUUUUGCGCCUUUAGCUGUCUUAGCUUGGCUCCCUAUAAUUUCGGCUUUUCAGACUCGAUUCCUUUUCAAUGAGGCGUUUAGCAGGAGGUUACAUAUUCAGCCAAUUCUUGCUGCGAAGAAGAAACACAGAUCUUGAUUGUGCAUAACAAUAGCGUUCUUGGACAUUUAUACAAUGAUUUUUUAUUUUUUUCCACGUUUUAUACUGCCGAAAGAGAAAUGCUAGGCUUAUUUUGUAUAUUUCUUGUAAAGUGUGUAAGAAAGUUAUGAUGGGAUAUAGUUUAGAACUCAUCUUUCUUUAAAGGGUGAUCAUUCAGACCGGAUGGGCCUCUAAAAGACAAUAAUCGAAUUUCACUAACAAA